AUGGAAGUGGGGCAGAGUUCAAACUCUGUAUCAUCAGCCAAAUGCAAAGAGGUUGCUGUUUCCUACGAAAAGGGGAAGGGGCAUGAAAGCACUGCUCCAAACGGUCAAGACAGGAAACAGCGAAGAUCAAGGAACCAGCAAUCAUCAAGAGCCCGUCAUGGAAAAUUAUAG